UCUCUUGUUACAGCAUGAACAUGACACAGCAGAGGGGAGGGAAAAAUAAAACAACGAGGUAGGGUGAUCCCAAAAAAAGAACAGAGCGGUUAAAGCAGUAGGAGGAAGGUGAAGAAGAGGAGGAGGAAGAGGAGGAGGAGGCGAGAAGAAAUGGGAAAGUUAAACAGAGGUGCAGCGCAGCAGAAGGCUGAGAGAUCACUGCUGUCUCCUGCUGUCCGGUGGUGUUUCGCUGCUGCGAGUGAGGAGCCGCGCGCUGGGAUUAUCUUCACGGGACCAUGUGUGCUGAAAGGAUGACGAUGACGGACCUGCUGAAAGCCGAGGAGAUCAAGAAAGCUCUUGAUGCCUUUGCUGCAGAGACAUUCGAUCCCAAGAGGUUCUUUGAGAUAAUUGGGAUGAGGGCCAUGUCGGCCGAGGACGUCAAGAAAGUCUUCCGGGUCCUGGACGUGGACGGGAGCGGCUUCAUCGAGGAGGAGGAACUAAAGUUCGUGCUCAAAGGCUUCUCUGAGGAGGGCAGGGACCUGACCGACGCAGAAACAUCAGCCUUCCUCAAAGCGGCAGACAAGGACGGCGACGGCAAGAUCGGAAUGGACGAGUUUGAAGUGAUGGUGCAUGAGUAGAGGACAGCGCUAAGCCUUCCUCCUCCUCUUCCUCCCCGUCCUCAUACUUUGUAACUGCCACCUCCUGUCAUCUCCCACGAGACACCACUCGGAGCCACUGCUCAGCCGGACAGGAGCGAGGGAGCGACCAGAGGAGGAACACUGGGCCGCCGCAAGCACGACCCUCCAUUUUUAUAAAUACACGACCCUCCAUAUUGGUUUCUGAAUCUUUCUGACUGUAACUGAAAAUACCGCUUGUGCUGUGGUUGGCGUAGUUGAAUCUAUACGUGAUUAUUUGUGUGUGUGAGUGUGUGAGAGACUGGUUGAGUUUUUGUGUUGACAGUGCACCUUCCUCCCACUCCCCUCUCUCAUGACCUCUUCCCUGACCUCACCACCUCCUCUCCUCUCUCCUCCUCCUUACUUCUUGCUGCCUCUGUUCAGAUGAGAAUAAAAAGAUACAAAGUGAGAGAUGCAAAGUAAUAAUAAACACUUGAGUUAC